CGCGGCAGCUAGUUCCUCAUCAGUUCACAUCUCCAUAAGAUUAAAAUGCGGCCAGGGUUAAAAGUGCCCUUUGUUUACAACUCUCAAGUAAACACGAAAUGUGCACGAUUCUACAAACUCAUCGUCACGACUCAGCCGCCUGAACAGUUUUUCGUCAAAACCCCGAACUACUCUUGGCGGGUAUAGAUUCGUCACUCGUUGAUUCCGUUGUCGGUGACGAGAAUGUCUUCGACGCCAUUUUCGAGUAUCUUGGCUACCUUGACCUGGCCACCUAUGCUGGUCAACUCGACACCUUCACUCUGGAAACUCCGCAUACUCGGUUUCAUGGAAAGUGACUUAAUUCUCAACACAUGCCACAGUGUCUCAUUUACGAUCUGUGGUGAUGUCUGCCGAGUUGCACAAACAGAUUGCGUCUCGCUUAUACGAUUGCCGCGUAUCAGAGAAACAGCAGCUCAGAUCACUUUUCCCCUCCAUGCCAUGACUAUUCCAUGCAUCACUGUAAUUGGCACGCGACCCAUAUUUUGUUUCGUCUCUGUCACAGAAGCACUCCGUGUUGCGGUUACAAAUGGCCAGUACCCCGAAGCUGACGCACUUGACUACCGUUGAACGGUCGUCAGCUCUUAGGGCACACCGUCGAAUCAGAGAAGGCAUGGAGACACCAGAGUACAGGCUAGUUUUUAGCAUCUUCUCGCACUCAAAGACCUUGUGAAAGAGUAUUGGCUGACCUUCAUUGUCUGACUGACGUUGUUCGCGUGCCUCUAAAAAUGUUUCCAACCAGAGUCCUCCAGUUUUCUAGAUGCGGCCUGUUGUAAUAAUUAUAUUAGCUUCUUCGUUCGACUGGUGUAUGUACUACUAGUUAUGUUCACGAGAGCGAUGAUAGUUCUUGAUUCUGCCAGAGCUAGUUGUGGCUGUUGUCGCCGAUAUGUUGGCAUUUACUGGCAUUACUCUUUCUUGUUUUCGAAUGAAUUUUAUUUCCGCUUUUUGCGCGUUUAUCACGCUGCUUGACCAGGG